CCGUAAUCCCCAGGGAGUGAAACAACAAUACAUUUUAAAGUGAAACCCAGCCUGUUUCCUUUAGCUGCUGUCCUCGACGCGCCGCCACCAUGAUGCGCAUCGCUCCACUUGUUACAUUCAUCUUCACAUCAUCACUCCUGAGCUGCACCGCAGCAGCAGCCUCGAUCCUCUGCACCUGGACUAAAGUUUCGCCUAAGGGAGAAAUACAUUACAGUUUUCUCCGCAGCGAUUCCCGUCAGACCCCUUCUCCUCUGCGGCUAUACCACACCGCCUGGACCGAGAAGCGCGCUCUGCUGGGCUGCACUUGGAGCGACGACACAGCGGUGAUCCACAACUAUCUGUCUCUGUGCCGGGAGCGCGCGCAGGACUUUUCAGAUCAUCCGAAUGAAAAUGUCGAUUUGGACUCCGUGUUUGGGACACAGGGACAGUGCGUCUCUUUGGCGUCUCUCAGAGAGCGCACAGAAAAGAGGUCGGUGAGGAGCGCUGGUGGUCAAUGUCAAGAUGAGAGGUCAGAGGUCAGCAUACAUCAGCGUGUAAAGCGUUUUAUUGUACCCGGUACUCUCUGGUGCGGCUCUGGCAACAAGGCACCCUCGUAUUCAGAUCUGGGUGUGUUUUCAGAUACAGACCACUGCUGCCGGGAACAUGACCAGUGCCAACACACCAUCCUGUCCUUUCACUCAGAGUUUGGCAUUUUCAACAGCAACAUCUUCACCAUGUCUCACUGUGACUGUGACAACAAGUUUCGAAGUUGUUUGGAGGAGGCGAAUGACAGCAUAUCUGAUGUAGUGGGAUAUACCUUCUUUAACCUGCUGAAGAUGCACUGCUUUACAUUCUCCCACCGGCUUCAGUGUACACAGAGAAACUGGUUUGGAAUGUGUAAGGAGACCAAAAUGGCUCUGUAUGCUGAGGUUCAUUCACCCAUACUGUAUAAGUCUACCAGCCCAACAGAUGACAGCAUGAACAGCUCCGUCAUCAACUCUACCACAUCUGCAGAACUCCUGGAGAGUAGCACAUCGAAUUUACAGAUCCACUCCAUCACUACUGCUGCAUCCACACUCCCUACACCCUUUGCCUCCAUGACUCCUCUUACCAACACUACAACAUCCACAGGCAGCAACACAACAGAGAGACCUGCAGGAUCAGUACCUGACAGAAGAGACAAUCUGGAGAACAUUUUACCAACCAAAAAUCCCACUGUGGCUGGAGCAGGCCCCGAGAUUACAGAGACACAAAUGUCAUGUGGUAUCUAUAAGGAUAUCGAUACAUGUAGGGACAAGAUCCUACCCCAGCAUGAGAAAUAUGGCAUCCACAACCUAGAGCCAAAGACACUUUACCACUGCAACUGUACCAUCAGAUUAUUCCAGACUUUGUCUAAACAGAGACAAUUGACCAAAGUGCAAGCUCUUCUUGUGGAAAAUGUAUCUCACUCCUGCUUCUUGCUUCAGGACUGCAUGGCAGACAGCAACUGCACAGCAGUUGUGGUAAAAGUAGAGCUUCCUCUGCGGGACCCGAGGACCAGUGCAGCAAUGGAGGAGCAACCCCAUCUACAGGCUGUAAACCUGAAGAUCAGGCAGCCAAACCAGAGGAGAGCUAAGAGAAAAGACAGGGAGGUGAGGCUCCACAAACUGUGUCUCAGGUUGAGCCGACGCAGGCAAAUGAAGAAGAACAGAAAAAAUGUCUAAAUUGCUGCUUUAAAGGGAAAAGACUUUGUUGUAAUGUUCAAUAUUGAAUACAUGACAUACGUUUUCAUAUAGACUAAGAAAAGCUUGAAAGUGUGGAAUAACCCAAUCUGUUUAUUUGACAAUGCCCAUGUUUUUCUGUUAAUUUCCCGUUGAAUCUUUUUCACAGUCUAUUUUUGUCUCACAGCAUCCUUUUUCUUGUUGAAAGUUUUAUUUCACGUUUCUUUUCACUGAAAUCUUUGUCGGUCGAGACUAACAGGACAGCAUCAAUGCUGCGGUUUGAUGUUCUCUGGCCUGCACAGAUUUUUUAUUUUUAUUUUAAUUUAAUUACUUUUGAGAUCAGCAACACACGGUAUUUUGAUGGAUACUUUAGAAGAGAAGACUUAUUUCCACUGACUUUAUAACAUUUGGGCAAAUAAGAUUAAAAUGAGUGAUACAAAGUCUACCUACCAGAAUGGAGUUUAAGAUAUAUACAAUUGUUUAUUUAUUAUCCAAUACUAAACACUUUGGAUUACUAUUACAUGUUUUACUACUGUGUAUUUAUGGUGUCUACAUACAGUAGGGGAUGUUGUGGAACUCUCUUUAGGCCCACCUGCUGGUUGUAUCUCUCUCUGGAACAAAAUGACCCACUUGCUGAGGAGAAGAUAAAACCAUUCCUAAAGUAUAACAGAAAUGUUGGCACGUCUUAGCAGGAAAACCACAGAUGCAACUAAUAAUAUUAAUGACAAGAGCAUUUUAUUCAGAUGUGCAACUCCAAGAGCCAGCUGUAAUAAUCCGUGCUGGCUAACUGCAAUGACUCAGUGUGGCAACUCAAUUUAAGGGAGCCAUCAUUAAAAUGAUUAGUAACACAUGUGCUUUUCCUGAGAUGACAGAUCAAGAUAUCUACCAUGAAAACACGUAGAGUUAAAAAGGAGGAGCUGUGGCUGUCCUGGAAGAAAGGUUACUCUCGAUCACAGUAUUCAUUCAAUAAAAUCAUGGUUUUAUUCCUGCUCCCUAUACUGCAUAUUGAUGUUUCAGCAGAUGUUGUAGCCCGUUUGUGAGUAUUUGUACUGUAUUGUGUGAAUUUGCAGAAUGCUGCAAAUUAUGUUGUAAACAAAGCCACGAAAGAGAAAAAGUAAUUUAGAUAACUGUACAUAUGAAAUACACGUUGAAAUGUAGUUUAUGAUGUGAGAUGUGACAAAAUUAACUGAUUACAUUUGAAAGAGUAGUUUGAUAUUUAGAUGAAUAUUAAGACAUAUUGUUUGCUUUCCUGUUUUUUUUUCUUCUUUUUAUCUGAUGAAUUUAUGACUAAUGUUAUAUUUUUGCUGCCCUGUGAAGCACUGUAAUGUAA